GUUCUGGUGCUCCUCCGGCCCACGGACCAGAGCGACACCGGUCUAGGUCUGUUUGGUGUAUUUCACAACAACAUGUGAUCACACGUGGGUUUAGUAAGAAGUGGGCGUUUGGCGGGUUUUCUCUUUUGAACGGAAACGAAACUGAAAGCAGAAAAAAAAAAGACACAUUGUGCAGUCAGAGAGGUAACAGAGGAGCACAGAAGAAGACACAAGAUAUGGCCUCCGCUCCAGCAUCAUCCAGUGAGACCUGCUCAAUGGAGGAGUAUCUAACAUGCUCCAUCUGCAUGGAAACGUUUGAGGAUCCUGUCACUACAGAUUGUGGCCACUCCUUCUGCAAGAAAUGUCUGAACCUCUGGCAUGAGUACACUGACCUGUGUCCCAUGUGCAAGAAGCCUCUAAGCAGAACCCCGGAUGUGAACAUCGUCCUGAGAGACAUCGUCCGACGGCAAAAGGUGGAAAAGAUUAAAGAGGAAGAUGAUGAUAUUUACACUGGGGAGGACAUUUACACAGACCAGACGCUGAAGGCAAUGAAGUCCUGCCUCGUGUGUCUUGCCUCGUAUUGUUCGACCCACCUGGAGAAUCAUUCUUCAACUGAAAGGCUGAAGGGCCACAAGCUGGUGGCACCUGUGAAGAACUUGGAUGAAGAUUCGGAGGAGGUUGUAACUACUGAAGACGAACAGGGGAAGAAGAGCCUCCAGGUUUGUCAGGUUUGUGGUUGGUCCAAAAUGACGACUUAUCGGGGCCUGAGAAUUCACCAGGGGAAGAAGGGAUGCAUCCCGAAGGGAAUGAAGAUCCAGAAGACAGAGCAGGGCAACUGGCAAAAGCUGGGGGAAACGGAACCGAAAGUGGAUCAACGGAGACGUCAGCCAGCGAAGAGAAUGACUUUCAAGGAGGAGCAUUUGCCAAAACCACCAAGCAGGAACGUCCGUCCCAACUCUGCAGCAGCAGCGGCCACAAUCAACAAUGGAUACAAUUCAGCUUUUGCCACUUCCGAACGCUCUUCCCUAAGAACCGCAAGGUCAAAUCCAGGCCAUCUGCAGCAAUAUUUCCUCACCCUUCCACAGAUCUUUCAGGCGAGUACGGCGCUUCCAAUUCCUCCACCACCAGUAGUCCGACCUAAGGAGAGAAGAGUUAAUCCAGCAUUAUCACAGAGUGCAGACAGGAGAGCAACGACAGGAAGUCAGCGAGCAGCAGCAGCCACAAUCAAGGAUGAGCCUAUAUCAUCAUUUGCAGUUCCACAACCUCCUUUCCGAAGAACCCCAAGGUCAAAGCCGGGCCAUCAGCAGCAAUAUUUCCCCACCCCUCCACAGAGGAGUACGGCGCCUCCAGUGGCUCCACCACUGGCAGUCCGACCUAAGGAGAAAAGAAUUAAUCCAACACUAUCACAGACUGCAGACGGUAGAGCAAUGAAAGAAAAUCAGAGAGCAACAGCAGCCACAAUCAAGGAGGAGCCCAAAUCACCGGUUGCGAUUCCACCAAGGCCUUUCCAAAGACCCACGUACCCGCCGUCAGCCUAUCAGCUGCCAGAUUUCUACACUGGUGUGCAGGUGAAUGGUUUCGCCGAGGAGCGUCCAUCAACUCCACCUUCAGCAACAGUAAUGCAGCUGAAGGAGAAAGACAGGAAUGAUAAUGCGAGACAAGAGAGACUGAAACUUGAAUUACAGCAGAAAAUUCAAAUGAGGAGAGAAAAAAUGAGUAACAUGACACCAGCAGAGAGAGCCUGCGAGAACAUCCCAGAUUCACCCAGGACCAGCAGACAAACUAAUACUGCAGCAGCGGCAGCAGCAGACGCCACAACUAAACAAGAUCCCAGCGUAGAAGGAACUCCUUUCUCUUCAGCCCCUCCAGUAACAGCGGCGAAGCCUCUGGCACGAAGGUUUUCAGCCACCACAGCCCAGGGAACAACAGUCCAACCAAAGGAGAAAGACAGGGAGGAUGAGAAACUACCACAGCAUGUGCCCGACUCACCAAGUACUGACCAAGCAAAUACAACAGCAGAAGCCACAAUAAAAGAAGACCCCGCAUCAUAUUGUGAAACUGCUGAGCCGGAUUUCUCCACUGGCAUGAAGGUGAAGGAUCUGGCCCAGAUGUUUUCAGCUACCACAGCCCAGGAAACAGCAGAUCGACCAAAGGAGAAACACAGAGAAACAAUAUCACAGGUUGAAAAACCUGUGGCUCUGAGGUUUCCAGCCACCACAGCCCAGCAAGCAACAGUCCAACCAAAGGAGAGAGACAAGGAGGAUCAGAAACGAUCACAGAAUGUGCCCGACUCAACAAGUACUGACCAAACAAAUACUGCAGCAGCUGCAGCAGCAGAAGCCACAACAAAAGACGAGUCCACAUCAUUGGGUGAACCUGCUCAGCCUGAUUUCUCCACUGGCAUGAAGGUGAAGGAACUGGCCCGGAUGUUUUCAGCAACCACAACCCAGGAAACAGCAGGCCGACCGAGGGAGAAACAAACACUACCACAGGCGAAGCUUCAGGCUCGGAGGUUUCCAGCCGCCACAGCCCAGCAAACAACAGUCCAACAAGAAGAGAAAGACAGGGAGGAUCAGAAACUAUCACAGAAGGUGCCAGGUUUAACAGGUGCUACCACUAAAAUGAAUCCUACAGCAGCAGAAGCCACAACUCGGGAAGAUCCCAAAUCAUCUUGUGAACCUGCACAGCUCUCAGAUUUCUCCACUGGCAUGAAGUUAAAAGAAAGCCUGCGGGUGGUUUUGCAUGAAACGAAACUGAAAAAGCUGAGAGUGAAGAGAGGAGAAAAGUCAGGGUUGAAAAGAUCAUUCAUUCAGAGGAGCAUCGGAGAAGCAGAGUGGAAGAUACUCAACACAUUCGACAUGGAGCUCCAGGUUUGCUACUGUGGCUGGUCCAAAGUGACGACCUACCACGGCCUGAGAAUUCACCAGGGGAAGAUGGGAUGCACGCCGAAGGGAACGAGGAUCCCUGAGAACGAGCACUUCGGAUUUAACAGAUGCCAUCCUGGGUUCAUGACACCAAUCAACCUGGAAGAGGAUACAUCGGCCGCCCGUUGGAUGUCUGUCUUUGAGACUCCUCAGCGCUCUCAAGUUCGCCGAGCGCUCGAUUUCUCCCCUGAUGCGAGGCAGGUGCAGCAGACCCUUCCUGUGUAUCACGAGAACAAGAUGGAGAAAGAACGGGAGAAAGAACGAGAGAAAGAACGGGAGAAAGAACGGGAGAAAGAACGAGAGAAAGAACGGGAGAAAGAAUGGGAGAAAGAACGGGAGAAAGAACGAGAGAGAGUACGAGAGAGAGAACGGGAGAAGGAACGGGAGAAAGAACGAGAGAUAGAACGAGAGAAAGAACGGGAGAAAGAACGGGAGAAAGAACGGGAGAAAGAACGAGAGAGAGUACGAGAGAGAGAACGGGAGAAAGAACGGGAGAAAGAACAGGAGAAAGAACGGGAGAAAGAACGAGAGAGAGUACGAGAGAGAGAACGGGAGAAAGAACGAGAGAAAGAACGAGAGAAAGAACGGGAGAAAGAACGAGAGAAAGAACGGGAGAAAGAGAGGGAGGCUCUACUAAAGGCAAGACAAGACCGUAUGAGGGCUGAGUUACAACAGAAAAUUAAAAUCAGGAAACAGCAGGUGGCCGAAGUCAGAUUAUCUGUAAAAGGCUGCAAGGUUAGCUUGGAUUCCGAGUGGCUGAAGAUCAACAGUGUAUUCUCCGAGGUGAAGGACGCUGUGGACGAUGCUUGGCAGAAAGCCCUUCAGCCUCUGGAGGAGAGGAGACUUAAAGUAAAGAGAGAAGAACAAGAUCUGGUCCAGAGGCUGGAGAGAGAAAUUGAUAAACUGAAAACGAGCAUCGAUGAGUUGGACAAAAACCCAGACUUGCAGGUCUCUCUGGACGAAUCUAGAGAUUGGAAAAACGUAAGUGUUGACACUUCAUUCUCCUUCGGCACCCUGAGAACUACAACUUCAGCCAUGAUGGAACAAAUUCACCUGAACCUGGAAAAGCUCUCCUCUGUUGAACUCAUGAGAAUCCCCACGUUUGCAGUGGAUGUGAAGCUGGACCCAACCACUGCGCAUCAAUUUCUUUUUCUCUCUGAUGAUGGGAAGAAAGUGAGAGACGGAGGAAAGACCCGGAAAGUUCCUGACACUCCGCGGAGGUUUGACAUGUAUGGCAGCGUCCUUGGGAUCAACAGCUUGACCUCUGGGAAGUCAUACUGGGAGGUGGAGGUCGGCAACAAGACCGGGUGGGAUCUGGGUGUGGCAAGAGGCGAUGCAAACCGGAGAGGGGAACUUUCACUGAACCCGGACAACGGUUACUGGGUGACUGUGCAUUAUGAAGGCAAACGGUACGCGGCCCUGUCAGCUCCGCCCGUCUGCCUUCCCCUGAAAGAGAAACCUCAGAUGGUGGGAGUGUUUGUGGAUUACGAGGAAGGUCUCGUGUCCUUCUAUGAUGUGACGGCUCAGUCUCACAUCUUCUCGUUCACCGAGUGUUCGUUCAGCGGUGAGAUCUUCCCGUAUUUCAGUCCACAUCUCAAACAAAAUGGGAAAAACUCAGAUCCUCUGAUUAUCUCUGCUGUGAACAGGCAGUAGUGGUUAUGAAGUGUGUGGGUGUGACGGUCGGUUAGUAACUUAGUGUGUAGCAAUAUAUAUGUAUGAUGUAUGUAUCACAGCAUCUAAAGCUACAUAUAAUAUUUGGCAUUUGUCAGAUGUCUAUUAUUCUUUUUAUUCACUUCUCUACCUGGCUCUUUGUAUCUAUUGUAUAUAAGGUGAUGAGGAAAUGACCUUUAAUGUAAACUCUAUAGUUUGUACAUCACAUUAGUGAUAUAUCAAAGUUUAAAUAUCUUGAACUGGUGUGGGAACAUUUUCUAUAUUUCCAUUUUUGUGGUUUUGGUAUAAAAUAAAUAAAGAAAUAAAAUGAUGCAUUU